GCUUUGCCACAGGUGACCGCGAACCACCCAAGUCCUAUUGUCUCUGGCGCUCAAUCUUGGUCAGCUUUGACGUCAAGGGGGCAUACAAUGGAGUCUUCAAAGAGAGACUGCUCCAGAGACUCAAGGCAAGGGGAAUACCUGAUAAGAUAUUCAAUGGAUCAAUGCCUCCUGUUCGAGAUGCUUACCACAAGGAUCACCGCUGUCCCCAAUACUAUUUCUCUUCUUUAACGCAGACCUCGUUCAGCACAAGAUCAGCGCAGCAGGAGGCUCGCCCGUCUGCUGAGGCGAAUCGAUCUGACAUCCAGGCCAUCAUUAACAGAGCUCUAGACUGGGAGAAACGAGGCGGAGCUACAUUUGAAGGGGAUAAAACAGCCAUGAUCUAUCGAGCAGCACUCCGUUCACAAUCAAAGGGGAAAGAGUCAACCCGAAAGAAA